AUGCAUAUGGAUGCCAGCGACUAUGCUGUAGGGGGAGUACUGUUCCAGCUGGAAGGCGAAGGUGAUAACCAAAUUGAGAGACCAAUUGCCUUCGGUGGUAGGAAGUAUAAAGAUGCUGAGAAGAACUACAGUAUCCGCGAAAAAGAAUUGUUAGCAAUUCUAUUCGGGUUACGGAUUUGGCGCGUCUACUUGCUCGACAAACCAUUUGUAGUUGAGACAGAUCAUAAGUCCCUGGAAAGCAUAUUCUCUCAAAAGAGUAUCUCGCGCAGAAUCGCACGUUGGUAUGACGAAUUGAGCGAAUAUCCUAUCUCGUUCAAGUACAUUCCAGGAGAAGCGAAUUCAGUGGCCGAUGGAAUCUCUCGCCGUCCAGACUUUCAAGAUGCAUAUCCAUUGGAGGAGAUCGUGUCAGCAAGUGUCAUUAAAGAUUGUAUAGCUCAGGGAAUUCGGACAGUCGUUGAAGAAUCAAUUUCACGCUAUAAUGAAGACAUGUCAAUCCGAAGUACAAAGGUUGUUGCCACGCAACCAAUUAAACAUUUAGCACGCUACAAUCUCGUCGGAAGCAAAUUAUUUUACUCCGGACCCAAUGAUGAAGCUCCGAGACUAGUUUUACCCGCUAUUGACGAAAUAUUGAACAGCAUUUUGUACGAAUUUCAUGACGUCGAGUGUUAUGGUCAUCCAGGCAUUGAGCGAACGCUCAGAUUGGCAUAUGAUGCGUACUGUGAGGGCAUACGUGAAGACUUGGAAAACUUGUCAGCGUACCAAGGCAGCAAUACAAAACCGCCUGGUUUGCUACAAUCACAGCCGAUACCAAAGGCAAGAUGGUCUCAUGUUGCAAUGGACUUCAUCGUAGCAUUGCCGAUGACGGAGACGAAGUUUGAUUCAGUGCUUGUAGUUGUCGACCAGCUUACUAAGCGUGCACAUUUCGUGGCAUGUUGUGGUACGGCAACUGCUCAGGAUGUAGCUGAGCUGUAUCGAGACCACAUCUUCGUUUUGCAUGGGGUUCCAUCAGAGAUACUUUCUGAUCGGGACCCAAAAUUUACUGCUACCAACACGCCCAAAAUGACAUCCACUUUUCGGCACCAAGCAAAUGAUGUGACUGAGAGACUUAAUCAAACACUUGAGAAUUAUUUACGAGCUUUUAUGAACAAAGCAUCAACUGGUUGA